CUCUGGCGCUCAUUAAACGGUUCGUUCGAUUGCAAUGUCAUUGCUCGGACAGCUACCAGCUCCAAUUCAGAAAGGCUCAGAUGACUAUGGGACUGCUCUGAAUUUAAAUGUAGGUUCAAGAGUACUUGUCGCCAAGUCAACUAUCCCACCCUAUGGACACCGGAAAAAUUGGGUACCACGCAGUCAAGAAGAUUUUCUGGAUGGAGGAGCAUUCCCAGAAAUACAUGUUCCGCAAUAUCCCCUUGGGAUGGGACAAGAAAAAAAUGUAUCAAAUGCCUUGGUUAUGAAAACUGAUAAAGAUGGAAGGAUUAGAUACGAUGAACUAAUUCGCCAGGGACAUAGUAAAGAUCGAAUCAUCUACUCAAAAUUUUCGGAUUUGCUACCUAAGUCAAUCGAUGACGACGAUCCUGAGUUAAGCAAACCCAGUCAGGAAGCGAUUGAAGAGACAACAGAAAAAACACGCAGGGCUUUAGAGUCGCUAGUUGAACUGAAGGUUGCUGCUGCUGCACCUGUUCGUCGGGCUGAGAAAACGAAUCCCGCUGAAUACAUUCGUUACACGCCUUCGCAACAGGGUGCUGCUUUCAAUAGUGGGGCUAAACAGCGCCUCGUUAGGAUGGUGGAGAUGCAGAAGGAUCCUAUGGAACCUCCUAAAUUCAAAAUCAAUCAAAAAAUUCCUCGCGGACCUCCUUCUCCUCCACCACCAUUGAUGCACUCACCAGCGAGGAAGGUCACAGUUAAGGAGCAACAAGACUGGAAGAUUCCUCCGUGCAUUUCCAAUUGGAAGAAUCCCCGAGGAUAUACUAUACCGUUAGAUAAACGAGUCGCUGCAGAUGGGCGUGGUCUUCAGACAGUUCAUAUUAAUGAAAAUUUUGCAAAGCUGGCGGAGGCACUUUACACAGCUGAUAGGAAAGCUCGUGAAGCCGUAGAAAUGAGAGCCCAAAUCGAAAGGAAAGUUGCCCAGAAAGAGAAGGAACGAAAAGAGGAACAGCUCCAACGAAUUGCUCAGCAGGCCCGCGAAUCUCGAGCAGGUCUUCGUCGCCCUGGUGCAGUGGACGGUGUAGAUGCCGAUCCUGGACUACCGGAUCGUGAAGAAUUAAGACGUGAUCGUGCAAGAGACCGUGUUCGAGAACGGAAUCUAGCUCGUUCUAAUACGGAAACCAAACUUAAAGUUGAAAAAGACAAAGACCGAGAUAUAAGUGAACAAAUCGCUCUUGGGCUUCCUAAUCCUCGAUUCAAUUCGGCAAGUGAAAAUCAAUUUGAUCAGAGACUUUUCAACCAGUCUAGAGGUUUGGACUCAGGCUUUGCAGGAGGUGAGGAUGACCUGUAUAACAUUUAUGAUAAACCAUGGAGAGGCGAUUCAGAACUUGGUACUCACAUAUACCGUCCGCGUCAGAAAGAUAGUGAUGCCUAUGGUACGGACCUUGAUGCACUUAAGAAAACCAAGCGUUUUGUUCCUGAUCGUGAAUUUUCUGGGACUGAUCAUUCUCGUCGUCUGGAUGGACCAGUUCAGUUCGAACGAGAUGAAGAGGAUCCUUUCAAUCUUAGCAAGUUCUUGUCAAAAGUCAAAAAGGCAGAAAAGCGUCCUGGUGAGGGUACAUCAUCAGCAGAUGUCAGUAACCGAGAUACUACCCAUCGGAAGAGGGAUCGUAAGGAAUAGAUAUUCUAACCUUUCAAACUUUGUAUAUAUUAUUUACAGUGAUAUACUUUGCAAAAUAGUCUUUAGUCUUGUCUCAUCGUUAAAUCUUCUGAUGAUAGUAUAACUGUGAUACCUGGAUUAAUAUGAGUUCUGCGUCGUUCAAAUAGUUUUCCAUACAAAUGAGAGUGAAAAUGGAAGCUUGGUUGGUUACUUGGUACAGUAGUGGAAAACCUUUCAUCUCAGUGAGUUUCCCUAGGGAUAUUGUGUUGAGGUUCGCUUCAGGAGGGUGAGAUUUAUUGAUAAGUAGAUUACCCACUAACAGUGUUUGAACAUAUUUUGGAGCUGCAUUUUCUUCCUAUUGACAGUGUUUUGGUCGACAGCUAUUACCGUGACCUGGUUUUUCAGCUUUGCUGUCUGAGGCGCAUGCUAUAUAAAGGACUGACUGUACUGUGGCCUGAACCAUAAUUGGACAUAGUAACUGCUUGAUUACGCUAACGGAAAACACUUAUUUGGGGCGUUUGAGGACAAUUAUAUUUCCCCUUUGUUUUACUCUUAGGACUAAACCACUAACUCAUUGAGUGAGAUUCGGGUAGUCUGUAUGCCGUCGCAAGGAAAAACAAUAUCAUCCUUCUAAGUCUAUUCUCUGAUAUCAGGUUUACACCAUCACUACAUACUUUGUUCAGAACUAUCUCGAGAACUGGUAGAAGUCUUGAGAAGCAAUGGUGACAUCAGAUGGCCCUGCUUGACCCGACUAAUUUGGGACUAUGCAGAAAGGUAGUUAUGUGUAGUCAAUUUAUUUGGGAUGUAUUGGUCUUUAAGAGUGUUAACAAACGCUAGGAGAUUAUCCCAUUAAAUUACAGAGCACAAUCAUGUCCAGCGAAUCAAAGGCAAGCCUAUGAUAUCAAAGAAAUAACACUUGUUUAGUCGUGAUGUGUAUGACGAUGUUCGAGGAUUUGACAUUGAGUCGACACGUAAUCAAUGCGAUCAUGGUGUGCUGGGAACUUGGCCUGCUGCUUAUGGAUCAGUUUUUUAUGUUUUACAGUGCCUGCAAACUAUGACAGCAGCCAUUAUUUUAGACACUGCUGGUAGCAGACAUGAUUGUAAAACACGUAAUGUAAGCGUUUUAAAAAGUGGGUUCAGCAGUAGUCUCGUUCCAUACCUUUGAACAAUUUAGUUGGUUCAGUGACUGCGGUCUCACUUAAAUCCUUAAAAAGAGCCGGGAUAAGCUGUCUGACCCAAACGUUGUAUGGCACUUAUAGCCUGGGAGCGUGAAGAUGUGCUUCAGCUGACUCCGAUCACGAGAGACUAAAAAUCAUAACCUAUAAAUAGAC